AUGCAUCAAGGUUAAAAGUGAAGGACCGACAGAAGGAGGCGGCCAGCUGCUGCAGUCGCUCAAUAACGGUGAACUUGAAUGAGGGGGUUUGAAUGAAUUAGAGACAAGGCGUCAAAUCGCCAGCAUCUCCUUCUCACAGAUGCGCUCUUCGCAGUAAAAACUAUCCGCCUGCCUUAGCUGGCUCUGAUGAUCUCGCUCUGUAAAUAAAUAUGAGAAAUGUAUCAGUGCAGUAGCUGAAGCUGAGGUGUAGUCUACGAAAACCUGGCGACGAGCUGUGAUGCGACGUCUGAGCGCAGAAAGUCUGUCGCUGUCAACUGAGCCGCUGACCAAAUCGCUUCAAGGCAAAACUCCAUAGGCUAAAUUAUGGACACGUCCAUGGAAUACGAUGUGAACAAAUCGGAGUCGAUCGGAAGAAAGGAGCACCUGUUCAAAGCGCCAUACCCGACGCUGUGGACCGCCGUGCUAACCUUCCUUAUCGCCCUGCUGGUGGUGGCCACCGUCUUUGGAAACGCGCUGGUCAUGCUGGCGUUUGUCGUGGACAAGAGCCUCAGGACACAGAACAACUUUUUCCUCCUAAAUCUGGCAAUUUCCGAUUUCUUAGUUGGUGCAUUCUGCAUCCCCCUCUACACCCCUUAUGUGCUGACCGGGCGAUGGACUCUCGGCAGAACGCUCUGCAAACUCUGGCUGGUGAUGGAUUAUCUGCUUUGCACCUCAUCCGUUUUCAACAUUGUGUUGAUCAGUUAUGACCGAUUCCUCUCUGUCACCCAAGCUGUUGCUUACAGAGCCCAACAAGGGAAAAUAUGUCAAGCUGUUGGCAAAAUGGUUCUAGUCUGGGUGUUGGCAUUCCUGCUGUAUGGCCCUGCCAUAAUGACAUGGGAGUAUAUUGCUGGGGUCAGCACUGUUGAAAAUGAAGAAUGCUAUGCAGGGUUUUAUUAUAACUGGCAUUUUCUAAUGACGGCAUCAACUGUGGAGUUCUUCACUCCUUUUGUAAGUGUAACCUUCUUUAAUUUGAGCAUAUACCUGAAUAUCCGAAGGCGCACUAAACCUCGAAGCGAAGGGAUUAAAGAGAUGUGGGUCAAAGCCAAGGCAGGUGGGCAAAAGGGGAAGGCCUUGCACCACCUUUUUUUCUUCAAAUUGCAAAAUCCUGAAGAUUCCAAAACAAAAGAAAAGAAGAUGACCCAAAAAAAGUCUCAUGCAAUGACAACAAAGGUUGAGAUCCAGCAUGGCAAUUCAGAGUCUGCGGAUUUGAUCAGACCCCUUGGCGAGGGUCCUUCAGACAAGCCCGAUGGCGCUAACUGCAAUGAUAUUCAAUCCCAAAGCAUACUUCCUUUAGAUGGACAUAUAAGAGUAAUUUCCAAUAAUUCUUCUCACAGGUUCAGGCUUCUCAGAGACAAAAAGGUGGCCAAGUCUCUUGCUAUCAUUGUCUGUACCUUUGGGGUUUGCUGGGCACCUUACACCUUGCUGAUGAUUAUCCGGGCAGCUUGUAAUGACACUUGUGUAUCCAAGGACUGGUAUGAGGUAACCUUCUGGCUUCUUUGGAUUAACUCAGCCAUUAAUCCUGUUCUUUAUCCUUUGUGUCAUAAUAGUUUUAGAAAGGCAUUUGUAAAGAUUCUCUGCCAGAAAAAAUUCAAGAUCAAGCCUCAGAUGAGUUUGAAAUAUACGUAAGUGAACAUAAUAAUCUAUUUAAAAAGAGUCAUGAAUCAUUCCUGUCAAAGAAUCUUGUCUUCAUCAUCUUGUGGCUUUGAGCAUCAGAUGUUACCAAAAAAGAGGUGACCCAAGUAGUAAAAAUAUAAAAACAAUAUCCAAGGUGAAUAGCAGACAUACAGUAUACAGACUAUUCCAUUUCAUCAGGAAAACAACAUCUAUUAUUUUCUCAAUGUGAACUUCAGAGAGAUGGGUGUUUGGAUUAACCGCUUUCUCAGAUGGAUUGAAAUUAUCAUCAAGUUCCUCUUUUUAAUGCUGUUAUUACUGAAAUUGUCUUUUUGUCCUUCAGCUUCUGCAAACAUCCCUGCCUCCUACCACUGUGGCAUCACACUUAUCUCACACAUGUGCAUUUUUGAAAUAACUGUUCCAAUGUGCCCAUGAUGAGCAAAGAUUAUGG